GUCGCGAAUCGACGUCCUGACAAUAAGUAGUAUAGGUACUUAUAAGUUGUGUUACCGAAAAACGAAGACUAAAAUGUUUGGAUCAAUUUUCGUAUUUUUUCUUUUUGCCAUGGUUUUGGCCUCCGAGACGAACUUGAACAGGUCGGAUCUGAAGUGCGAGGGAACUGCUUACCAUAACGUGUCUGUUUCUGCAUAUUAUUGUCCAUGGUGUAUCGGCAAACGCAAUCAUAAAGACAUUCGAGGAAUACUUGCGCGUCCUUUACAGAAGUACCUCGAUAAUCGCGGUAAAUUUGUCACUGUCGCUGGUAACAUAAAUUCUGGUAUUUCUUACGGAACGAAAGUAUGCAUAGAAGAGUUAAACGAGCACUUUGGGAUGCGUAUUCCGCUGGAGAUAAGAGACCAGAUUAUUGGUGGAAGAAAAGACGUUCAACUCGAUUUCUCGGGAUUGGAAAUUUGCGUCAACAACGUGAUAGACUCAUUAAAUUCCAUUUUUGAUAGUCGUGUUACUAUUUAUGUAUAAUGAUUAGACGAAAAUUAUGUAUAUAAUUGUCAAGUAGCAAUUAUAUUAAAUUAUUAUUUUACAAGUGAUGUAACAGACAAGACAUAAUGACAAGCAUAUUAAUGACUGUAAUAUAGAAUUGAA